UGAACGUGCGUCCAUGUUGGUGAUUCUGCUGAACUGUGUGACACUGGGCAUGUUUCAUCCCUGCGAGGACAGCGACUGCAAAACUGAGAGGUGCAGGAUCCUGCAGGAUUUCGACGACUUCAUCUUUGCGUUCUUCGCUGUUGAGAUGGUGAUCAAGAUGGUGGCUCUGGGGAUUUUCGGCAAGAAUUGUUACCUUGGUGACACAUGGAACCGCUUGGACUUCUUCAUUGUACUGGCUGGGAUGUUGGAGUACUCCCUCAACCUGCAGAACGUCAGUUUUUCAGCAGUGAGGACUGUUCGUGUGCUGAGACCACUGAGAGCCAUCAACCGAGUGCCAAGUAUGCGUAUCCUGGUGACCCUGCUCCUGGACACCCUGCCUAUGCUGGGCAAUGUGCUGCUGCUCUGCUUCUUCGUCUUCUUCAUAUUCGGCAUUGUGGGCGUCCAGCUGUGGGCCGGCCUGCUCAGAAACCGCUGCUUUGUGGAGGUCAACUUCUCCUUCCCUCUGGCUGUGAAGUCGGAGAAGUUACUUACUACCUACUACCACACUGAGAAUGACGACGAGAACCCCUUCAUCUGCUCUCAGCGCCGGGACAAUGGCAUGAGGGACUGCAGCACGGUGCCUAAGCUCUAUGAGGGAGGCCUGCAGUGCAACCUGGACAUGGACUUCUACAACAGCACCGACAACACCUCUUGCGUCAACUGGAACCAGUACUACACCAACUGCUCUGCUGGUAACUGCAACCCUUUCAAGGGAGCCAUCAACUUUGACAACAUCUGCUACGCCUGGAUUGCCAUCUUUCAGGUGAUCACUCUGGAGGGCUGGGUGGACAUCAUGUACUUUGUGAUGGAUGCUCACUCCUUCUACAACUUUAUCUACUUCAUCCUGCUCAUCAUUAUUGGCUCAUUCUUCAUGAUCAAUCUGUGCCUGGUGGUCAUUGCCACUCAGUUCUCCGAGACCAAGCAGCGGGAGAGCCAGCUGAUGAAGGAGCAGCGGGUGCGCUUCCUGUCCAACGCCAGCACUCUGGCCUCCCUCUCCGAGCCAGGCUCCUGCUAUGAUGAGCUCCUCAAGUACCUGGUUCACAUCAUCCGCAAAGGGGCCAAACAAGUGGCCCAUGUCUGCAGGCUCUUGGCUCGCCGUGCUGGGCUCAACAUAGCCGCCUCGCCCCCAGCCACGGAGCCUCAACGUAGUCAGCGGAGGAGGAGAAAGUCCUCCAGGCAGGGAUCUGUGUCUAUUCAUCACAUGAUGCACCAUCAUCACCACCACCACCACCACUACCACCUGAGAAAUGGCAGUGUGAGGGGAGGAGGGAGCCUCCACUGUAUGGAGGGUAGGGAUGUGGAAGCUGGAGCUCAUAAUAACAACGGAGGGGCUCUUGUUGCAACAACUGGCAGCGGACAUCUUGCUUUGGUGUCCCCAUCUACUGUGACAGCAGCCACCUCUGAUUCAAACCUAGCCACUUCGUCCAACCCUGCUGUAGGUGCUGCCGAUUCAGCUUCAGUGCGCAGUGUAUCCAACGUGGAAACUCUUGGCUGCACCCCAUCGCCCGCACCAACUCCGAGCUCCUUCACCUUGGCCCCUGCUCCUGCAUCAAGGGCCAUGAAAAGGAACUCUGUGCCCUUCGCUGCACCAGGUCCUAAAAACUAUCCCACCCUACAGGCCCGGGCCCUAGCAGAGUCUAGACGAGGAAGUGUUGCAGCCAGCACUCUGACAAACAUCAGCUUCAACCUCAAUAUCCCACCCAUGCCCCUGGGGAGACGGCCAUCGACUCUGGUGGACACACAAAACCCCACAGCCCAGCUCUCCUGCCAGCUGUCAGCUCGUGACCUCAGCACCAUGGACACGGCCGCUUUGACAUUGGACCCCGAGAGCUGCCCCUACUGCGCCAAGGCUCUGGCCCACGAAUCGGAGGGCGGCAUCGACACAGCAGGCGACUCGGACAGCGAGGGCGUAUACGAGUUCACCCAGGACCUCCACCUCAGGGACAGGAGAGACAGCCGUCAGCCCAAAAAGAAGCAGUGCAGGCUGGGCAAAACGGCAGCAAAGGUCGUUCACUUCUGGAGGCUGGUGUGUGACACGUUCAGGAAGAUCGUGGACAGCAAGUAUUUCGGACGUGGGAUUAUGAUCGCCAUUCUGAUCAAUACUCUGAGUAUGGGGAUCGAGUACCAUGAGCAGUUUCUGCUCUCCCUGCGUCACUUUCUGUUAAGGCUCAGGGAAGGGUAG